CUGCCGGGCGGCCGCCACCCGCGGGGCGGGGCGCGGUUUUUCGGCCCGUCGCGGAACACGUGAUCAUAUUUGGGGCCCCGCUGCAGCCCUCGUCCACCUUACAGACGGUUCGGUGCACGUGGGAUUAGAGCCGCCAGGUGCCCGCCACCAUGGCCAUGAACCUUCUGGAGGACUGGUCGGGUAUGGAAGUGGACACAAGGUCCCUGUUGGUCACGGGCAUCCCAGAGGACUGUGGUCAAGCAGAGAUUGAGGAGACCUUGCAUGUCCUCUCCCCGCUGGGCCCGUACUUCGUGCUCAAUAAGAUUUUUCUGAGGGAAGAGAACGCCAAAGCUGCCCUAAUUGAGGUGGGAGAGGGUGUGAGUCUCAGGGCCGUACCCCGGGAGUUCCCAGCAAGGGGGCGUCUGGAGAUGUUUUGUAGAGACCCCACCCAGGAUGCUGAGUUUUUAAAAAAUCUGAAUGAGUUCUUAGAUGCCGAGGGGCGCACGUGGGAGGAUGUGGUGCGUCUGCUCCAGCUGAGCCACCCCCCACGGCCCCAGAAUCAGCGCCCGGAGAACUGGGCAGAAGCUUUGGGGGUGCUCCUGGGGGCAGUGGUGCAAAUCGUCUUCUACAUGGAUGCCGAGAUCCGCAGCCGCGAGGAAGUGAGGGCGCAAGAGGUGACUGAUGCCCAGGCCGUAGCAGCUUCAGCUUCAGCGUCACGGAGGAAGGUCAAGAAGGAGCCAGGAUGGGCUGCAGAAGUAGGCUCUGCUUUGAAGACGGAGAAUCCCGGCAGCUGGCAUGACAUGGAAGACGAAGGUGACCCCCCCAAACCUCUGGUUCGCAGAGCUGGAGCUAAAAGUCGCUCCAAAAAGAAGCAGAAAAAAAACCCCAAGCAAGAGUCAGUGGCCUGGAAGAAACCCAAAGGCCACCAUUCCAAGAGCUCAGCCGCCUUGGAGGAUCCUGAGGCCAAUGGCGCGGAAAACAUGGAGGUCUCGGAAGCUAUCAGGAGCAACAAAAAGCCCUGUGUGAAGCAGGAGGAGUCGACUUUGAAGAAGCCUGCGGGAAAAUGUGCCUGGAAGGCUCCCAGCAAGCCGUCCCGUGAUGCCCAGUCAGAAGCUGUGAGUCCUGGGGUUGCUUCGGAGUCAGACCAAGAUGGCGGUCAGGAAGGCCCACCAAAGAAGAAGGCCGUGGGCUGGGCCUUGGCAAAGAGCCCUGCCCCCACGAGAAAGAAAAAGAAGGUAAGCUUGGGCCCUGUCUCUUACGUCCUUGUCGAUUCGGAAGAUGCAGAAAAACCGAUGAUGGCAAAGAAAGGGCCAGCCGCAAGAGAGGCAUCAGUUCAGAAGGCCCUCCGAGGCCCACAGCCCGCGGAGUUGCCAGCCUCGACCUCACAGGGCCCAGAGGCCGACCCAGAAUGCUCCCCUCGUGCCUCCAGCGGGGAGAACGACCACAGAAGCCAUUUGGGGUGCGCCGACAAGUGGAUGAGUGGGGAAGAGCCGGAGCACCGGGUGGGGGCAGGUCAGGUGCAUGAGGAGGACCCCAGUGCGGUGGAAGAGGCAGAUGAGGUGUUAGAGGGCGAGAGCCCUGACCUGCCUCCUAGGAGCCCCUGAAGGCCAACAUGGGGACACCGGUGGGCAGGAGGUGGCCACGCAGAUCCGCCACCUCUCCUUUGUCGGUGACCGUCGCUGUGGUAGUCUCCAGUCGUUCUGCCACUCCGUCUGACCCAGCUCCCUUAAUAAAAACUCAGUGGUUUGGAGUGAUAGUGAUCAAUGGGUCGUCAAGGUAGAUGGCUUUGAAGGUGGAGUUUUCUGGAGGCCUGGUUGGGGGAUAGGAAUGUUCAAGCACUGAAAAGGACCAAGGAAGUGAGAAGAAAAAAAAAAUUCCACAGGACACCCACUUCCCCUUUUGAGCUCUUCUAAUCCACAGAACCCAGAAAGCUUUGAUUUGGAGGACCACCCAUAGCUGGUUAGUUGAAAGACGUCCAAGGAAGAAGUAUCACAUUGGGAACAAAGUUUUUUCUUAUUGAGUGAACUUUUGACUCUUAAAGGACCCCGUUUGUAAAGAUGUGGCUCUCAGAGGGGAAGUAUCCGUGAGCUCUUAGGUGAGAGAGGUUAAGGGAGGGAGGUACAUCGCUCUGCUCUUUUCUCUCUGCCACGCCUGCUUUUGCACCUCCCCUUGACUCACCUUCAGAGGUUAGAGGGUCACUAAGCAGAUUGGGAAAAUUCUAGAACAUUUACCUUUACAUACACCGGCGGGAUCCCUGUUAACGUCCAUCCGUGUUCUGCCUUUCUUCCUCAUUCCCUGCUUUCUGGAUGGCCAGCCAACCUCUGCGUGCAGGGUCUGGCAUAUUCUCCCACCUUCUCUGUGUUUCCAUCAUGGGUAAAUUAAGCUGAGAUCGUCCAAGCGGACCUGCCUGCCUUGCUCCUGCUGGUUUUCAGCUUCCGUCCUCCAGUUAACUAGCCAGAGGGUGAGAAGGUCCCAAGAGUUAGUUUUGGGGGACUUAGGCCUUGACGUACUUGAGCUUUAGAUUCUGUUAAUAAAAGUGGUAUUUGGAUUCCCGUUUAGCGUCUGGCCGUCUCAGGACGCCCAUGGGGAGAGGGGGUGAUCGGUAGGGAAGGACUCAGGUGCUUCUGGCUUCCCAGCCCCUAAUUCCAUCCAGCGCCACCAAACUCUGUGUCCUUGGGGCUAAAGACCCUCCUCACGUUGAAAUCAG